AUGGAUCAACCAAGAUUAUCACAAUUACUUAACAAUACUUACAUACCACCAACCAAGAAGCUGGAGGCCAAGGUGGUGCCCCCAUAUCACCCAUGCUUGAUAGUUCAAGAUAAGCAUAGUGAGUUGAAGAUGAAACCUUGUGGAUGUGCUGAUGCUUAUUGUGUUACAAACGUCGAUUGGAUUCCAAAACCAAAGUGA